UGGUUCUGUGACCUAGGGUGAGGUGGUGGUGGGAAGUGGUGAAAGAUUAAUGACCGGUGUGGAAGAAAAGGGAAGGAGGCAGCUUGUGGGUGGGAGGUACCUGCCUGAAGGUUUCAGCGCUUCAUCUUCGUCCACGCUUCUUUCGCUUUGCUCAAAGAACGAUGCCCAGAAUUCAGGUCAAUAUCGUCCGACCUUCGACAAGACCUAAACAAAAGGGUGCACAGAGAACUACAGCGGCGCAGAGGCUUGCUAUCACGCGCCCUAAUCAUGUCGGCGACGUUCCUAUCACGAUUCGGAAGCCCCAGCACGCAGCUAUCAUCCCCGAGGUUGCCGACGCAACUUCCAAACGAAAGACUCUAGUCACUCCCCACGAUGACUUAAGCCAUCCUAGUAAAUUCGUCGCUAUAACUCCGAUUGACAACCAUCCCAUCAUCUCUCCCGCGGUUGUCGAAGAUACAGAGGAUUUAAGCAUGGUGGUAGAAGAAAUGAGAGCAAGUAACGUCAUGUUUGAACGCGCAAGGGGCAUCGCCACCGUUGAAAAUGACGACCAGAGCAUUGUAACGCCCGUCGCCGCGAACCGAGAUCCGCCGUCUAGCGAGACAAGAGAUGAUGCAAGCAGUCCCUACAGAGUACUCCUUGCUUGGCUCCCAGCCCGAGUCCUGGGUAUGGAUGAAAAGGUCUUAGAGCACACACAGUCUCCGCAUAUCUUACCUGGGUCUCUUCUUCCACUCUGUACAGGCAUCACCAUCUCGCAAGACGGCGAAUCUUGCAUCACGGUGACGGACGUUGUCUACAUGGGUUUGUCCACCUCAUCCUUAAUGGAUCUCAUACGCGCCGAUGGCCGCCCCCAUGUCGGAAUUCCAGACACCACGCUUUUUUUCGAUCCGUUGCCACUCUUCGAACAUAGAGACAACUACAAGAAGCGGGAUUUGCUGCAAUCUGGCAUACUUGAGCAGCAAGUCCCUAAUAAUUCCAUUGCGGACUUAAAUAGACGACUGUACACCGCGUAUUCAUCGACUGGUACUAGUACAACACUGAGGGAUCGCGACGCAUGCAUUGGGUUUAUCUGCCAGGCUCUCCUAAACUCAUCGGCCUAUAAGUUUCUUUUGUUCUUACGCCCGAGCUGUCUCCGCAGCCUUCUCUAUAGUAUCUAAAGGUAAUGACGACAUUCAGGUAUACCGCUCACCACGACC